AUGUUCUCUGUCCUUCUCCAGGAGGAUGAGUCCAAUGCUGCUGGAGCUGACCCCAGAGACCAUGCCCACAUCAGGAAGUUUCUCAGCCAGCGCCACAAGAAGUUGCCAUGGAAACCUGAGUUCAAAGGGCAGGCCAACCUCCAUGUGUUUGAGGACUGGUGUGGCUCGUCUGUAGCCCAGCUCCGAAAGAACCUGCAUUUCCCUCUAUAUCCCCAUACGAGAACUACGGUGAAGAAGCUGGCUGUGGCUCCAAAAUGGAAGAACUACGGCCUCCGAAUAUUUGGUUUCAUCCAUCCAUACAGAGAUGGUGAUUUCCAGUUUUCGGUGUCGUCAGAUGAUAACUCUGAGUUCUGGGUGAGUCUUGACGAGAGCCCUCUCAAUGCCAGACUACUGGUCUACGUUGGACAGCUGGGGACUGAGUGGACGGCUCCAGGGGAAUUCAGCAAGUUCAGGUCCCAGUCCUCAAAGUCUGUGCACCUUAUCUCAUCCAGACGAUACUACUUUGAGAUCCUUCACAAGCAGGAUGACAAGGGGUCCGACCACGUGGAGGUUGGGUGGCGUCCAUUCCUGCCAGGUCUGAAGUAUGAGGUCAUCGAUUCUGCCUACAUUUCCCUCUACACAGAUGAAUCCAGUCUGAAGAUGAACAGUGUGGACCACAUCCCUCAGACUCUGGCCAGUCACAGUAGACCAUCCUCAGUAGAGGAACAGUCACAAGAACACAGUCACUUCAGCAGCCAGCACGGAGCGGACAUGCUCAAACCAGACCCCCGAGACACUUUCUAUAGCACCCCUAUGAUCCAGGCAUCUCGUCUGGAGAACGUGCUGCCAGCCUGUCUCUACUCUCCUACCUACGUCGUCAAAGACUUCCCCAUAGCCAGAUACCAGGGCCUACAGUUUGUGUACCUGUCCUUCAUUUAUCCCAAUGACUUUACACGUCUGACACACAUGGAGAGAGAGAACAAGUGUUUCUACAGGGAGUCACCCAUCUACUUGGAGAAGUUUGGCUUCUACAAGUACAUGAAGAUAGACGAGGAGGACGAUGAUAGACCCUUCUUCUUCCCUAACCCAGACGAUUUCCCGGAAGAGGAGGAAGGGGUGGACCCGGAAGAUGAGGCCGAGAUCGUAGGUACCCAAUCACCAAAUAGGACCGCUCCGCCUAGCCUAUCAACUAAGAGGACCUCUCACCCCAGCCUAUCCAUCCACACCUCCAGACCUACCCUUGGAGAAAGAGAGGGGGAGGAGGAGAACAGCAUUGUGGUCCGUAGAGAGAAAAAACACUUCCUCAAGAGCGAUGGACAGACAGACAGAGAGUGGGACAAGGACGGGCCGAGGAGAAGAGGGGGACAGACCUCCAGGAGGGGACUUCUAGAAAGGCCCGAGGCGGAGAGCGAGGAGCUGCACCCGCAGUCAGACAACGUGGUCCACGGUCGUUCCCUCUCCUGGAUCAGGACGGGUCCCUCUGAGCUAGCACCAGGGGGGCCGGGCAGGAAGGGAGGAGGAGGAGGGGGUGCAGGAGAGGAGACCCCUCCCAAACUGAGCAAGUCGUCCCUGCUCUUCCCCCAGAAGACAUCUCUCUCGGCCCUCGCCAGCCGCGCCAAGCAGAUCCUUAGUAACUCCGCCCCCGGCAACAACGCCGCCAACGCCCGUCUCCAUGAUAACGCCGCCCGUAACCAUGGUAAUGACAAAAACGCUGCCGCCGCCGGCAACAACAACAAUAGGGAAAAGAAGGAUGAGAACAAGAUCUACAUCACCAGGCCGCGGCCGAGUGGAAAGACCACCAGACUGGUCAACCUCCAGAGCACUCGAUCCAGGGGGGGAGGGGGAGCGGGGAGCAGGGGGCUCGUCUCUGCCCCCCAACUCUGGCCCAAACCCCCUCUAAGAGACGGCAAAGCUCCCCCACGUGGCACUAAUGCUAGUGUUAGCAGACAAGGCGCAGUUCACCAGGCAGCCAGCAGGGUGGCGGUAGUGAGGCUCCGAGACAGAGAGAGGAGGAGAGUUAGAGGAGGGGGAAGGGAGCACCACAUACCCCCAGAAAGAGAGGUUGCCGCAGACGCCACCUUACCCAGUAAAAGAGGCACCCCAUUGCCCCAGCACCUCCAGCCCCCGCCACCUCAUUCACCCACUCCCCCCAACUCUUUGGAGAAUGCCCAAACUAUCGAGAGCAGGGUUGAAAGCAGGCUAGAAACCAGGGUCACCUCGUACCUCAAAACCUCCGAGAUCACCGAGUCACAGCAAAAACAACCCGACCCAGACCAAGAACCCUCAGAACCCGACCCAGACCCUGAUCCAAUCCGCUCGAACGCUGACCCAGAGCCCGACCCAGACCCAGAACCAGAACCAGAGGAGGGUGGGGUGUCCGACUACAGUUACGAGGCUGAAGAGGCGCGUCCAGGCUGGGCUGAGGAGAGCAUCAACUGGCAGAGAACGUUUUCAGUCAACCCCAUGGACUUUGAGCUGCUGCGCUCCGACUGGAAUGACCUGCGCUGCAACGUGUCUGGGAACCUGCAGCUGGCCGAGAGCGAGGUGGUGGAUGUGCUGGCACAGUACAUGGAGAAGCUCAACGAGCGCAACGGAGGUAUCUACACCCUUUUGCGGAUCAUCAAUGUGGAGAAGAGGCGAGACUCGGCCCGGGGAAACCGCUACCUGGUGGAACUGGAGCUGAUGGAGCGCGGUCGGAACGUGGUGCGCCUCUCGGAAUACAUCUACCUUCUCCUCCACCGUGGCCGGCUGGGCGGAGACAGCCUGGAGAACACGGAGUUCAUCCCCGCCUCGGCCCCUGCUGGGUCCCCGCCUGGUCUCAUCCCGGCCUACGCCAACCCUCUGCUGUGCCAGCCGGUCAUGCUGCAGUGGCGGAAGGAUGUGAUGGUGCAUUUUGUGGUGCCAGUGAAGAACCAGGCUCGCUGGGUGCAGCAGUUCAUCACAGACAUGGAGGAGCUGCACCGUCAGACGAAGGACGACGACUUCAGCAUCGUCAUCGUCGACUUCGAGAGCACCGACAUGGACGUGGAGCAGGCCCUCCGAGAGAGCACUGUGCCUAGGUAUGAGUACUUGAGAAGAGAAGGGAACUUUGAGCGCUCAGCGGGACUACAGAUCGGAGUGGACACUAUCGAGGACAACCACAGUAUAGCGUUCCUGUGUGACCUUCACAUCCACUUCCCCCUCAACAUCCUGGAGAGCAUCAGGAAGCACUGUGUAGAGGGACGUCUGGCCUUUGCCCCUAUCGUCAUGAGACUGGGCUGUGGCAGCUCCCCGCUAGAGCCUGAUGGCUACUGGGAGGUGAACGGCUUUGGCCUGUUUGGGAUUUAUAAGUCGGACUUUGAUAAGAUCGGCGGGAUGAACACGGAGGAGUUUAAAGACCGCUGGGGCGGAGAGGACUGGGAACUACUGGACAGGGUGCUACAGAAUGGCCUGGAGGUGGAGAGACUGAGACUGAGGAACUUCUUCCACUACUACCACUCCAAAAGGGGCAUGUGGAACGCUCAGAACAAGAAAACCCCCAAGGGAGGGGGAUAG